UCUGUCAAAUAAAUAAAUAAAAUCUUUAAAAAAAUAAAUAAAUGCUUCCAUAAAGCUUUCAAGAACAAUGUGCCAGGCAACAGGCCAAGCAGGGGAUAAAAAAAAAACUUUUUUUUUUUUUAAGCUACACACCCUAACACCUCCUGGGUCAGGCAGAUAAAUAAAUCACACAGUACAUUGUGAUAGUCACCAGAGGCUUAAGAGAACCACAAGCCAGGCUCUGAACUCAGACAGCAUGGUGUCCAUAGAGCUGUUUCCUAGUGAGAUGGUGCUGACCCGCAGAAGAGGAAGGGUGGUCUGGUCACAGCACAGCUUUCUGCCGAGGCACGGAGUUCUUGAGUGGCAGAUCCUGGAGUUGCAAGUGUGUGGGCGAGGAGGAUGGUCUUCAGAGGAGGCUAAGGCAGAAGGCUCCACAGGUCCCCAUCAGGUAUUUAAGAUAGAAGUGCUAAUGAAUGGAAGAAAACAUUUUGUUGAAAAAAGGUACAGCGAAUUUCAUGCCUUGCACAAAAAGCUGAAGAAAUGUAUAAAAACUCCAGAAAUCCCUUCUAAACAUGUUAGGAACUGGGUCCCAAAAGUCUUGGAACAACGACGACAAGGUUUGGAAACAUAUUUACAGGCUGUCAUUUUGGAAAAUGAAGAGCUUCCCAAACUCUUCCUUGAUUUCCUAAAUGUGCGACACUUGCCCUCGCUACCAAAGGCAGAGAGUUGUGGAUCUUUUGAUGAGACGGAAUCUGAAGAAUCAAGCAAACUGUCCCACCAGCCGGUACUGCUGUUCCUCAGGGAUCCAUACGUCUUGCCUGCAGCCGGCGGUAAUCAAACCUGUCAUCGGCUAACAGCUCUUUACUGAUCUGACCCUGCACCACAUAAACCACGUUUUUAAUACAGAUUUUCCAAAUGUGGUUAUUGAAGGAGUCCUCCAUGGGAUAUUUUACCCCCAUCUGCAGCCCAGGUAGAAAUCCUCCAUGGCUAGAAGAAGCUGAAGCAGGUUUCACGGAAAUCGAUAUGUACCAAAUUAACCUAAACUCUAUGACAUAACAGCUCUAGCUAGUGGUAAAAUUCACAGUCCCAGCUUAAUUCAGGGCAGGGACAUUUCCAUUAGAAUGGUGCUUUUAAAAAUAGAAACUGAACCAGGGCGGUGCUGAGGUUAAGGCCAAGUGUUUGAGAAGUAGAAGGUAGCUGCCAAUUUCAAAACUAUAGAAGAUACUGGGAGCAGCAAGGGUAACAAAACAAAAGUUACUCUCUGCUUUAGUUGCACCAUUUGCUAAUUGAACAUCUUAUCCUGAAUCAUACUGAGACUGAUCUACUUUGGUAGCUUGUUGUUGUUCAGAUUUUAGGAGACACUAAUCUUUUCAUCAUGAGAGUUUCUCGGUCAGUGACAGAUACAUUCUUCCGUGCUGGCACCGUGGGAGUAUCACAGAUACAUGCAGUGCUAAAUGUGAGUCAGAACUAAACUGGAAAUUAAACGAUGCUGACAGUGUUAGGGCAUUUUUAAAAAUCUUGUCAUUGCUACUCACACUGCAGUGGAGUUGCAUCCUACCUAGGGAUUAGCUUCUAGUGUCAGGACACAAGAUAAAAUGGAGUAUGGAGAUUCCCCUUGACAGCCGUUUCGAAAGGCGCCAUAUUGGAAAUCUGUGCGUCCAACACAACCAGAUUUUCCUCUGGUGUUGGAAGAAAGGACUGUUUCCUCCGUUGAAGACCAUUUGACGUUGUUGAUGUUCGUUUAGGGCAAUUUUGUAUAGAACCACAUACCUUUCAACACUAGAAUCACCCUUCGUCCUGCAAGAUGCUUGUCUUCUGAGAGACAGAUGUGAACUGACCGUACCCGAGGAGAUGCCACAGUGGUAGCACUUGAUUUCCUCAAGGUUCUUCAACCCUCAUUAGGGUUCACUCAUUCAUUAAACUGGUGGAAUUAUCACGGGAUUCAUUGUUAUUUUCCUUAUUGUUUCCUUUUCGCUGACCUCCUAUAUGGAAUUAAUGUUAAGUUCAGUGAAUGAUCUAACUCCUUGUACAUCUCACUGACAUUCAUAUUUUGAGUAAUAAAGGACAAAAGCAUAUAUGCAAACUUUAUGUACGUGCUGUAUUUGGGCAUUUCAUUGAAAACUGAUUAACAGCUAGCCUGUUUAUGGUUAUUCAUUUUACUAAGCUUCCGUGUGGGAGAAAAAUAUUUGGAUUCAGAAUGAAUAACUAAAUCAUGGUUUUUGGUCAGGAUCUAAAUAUACAGGUUUAAAGCCUGCUGCAGACUUUGAGGGAUACCUUUAUGAUAGAUGUGUUACUUCAUGCUGGAAACAGGCAAGGACUCCGUAAUCAAGUGUCAUGAACCAAAAAUAACUGAAUACUCAUGUGUGGGAGAUAUUUUUUAAAUGUUUUGUUGUUAGCUAUUUUGAGUUAAAUAAAAACAAAGAACAAGAAGUAUUUGAA